AUGGCUGCGCAACAGUUGCAAGCAGCCGCCCUAUUAACGGACCCCGGCCCGAAAGCAAAAUUCACAAUAUCCAAAAUCCCCAUCCCGACCCCUGGCCCCAACGAGCUUCUAGUCCGCCUCUCGUGCACGUCGGUCUGCCACUCCGAUGUAUCCAUGGCCAAGGGCCACCUGGGCCCUCCGAAUUCCAUCCUCGGCCACGAGGGGGUCGGCCGCGUCGUCGCCGCCGGCUCCAACGCCACCUACCUCACCGGCAGCGACGGGGACGCCUCGUCCCUCAUCGGUCGCCGCAUCGCCGUCGGCCUGCUGCGCGACCUGUGCGGUGCUUGCGACUACUGCCACGCACCCGCCGAGUACGGCGCCGAGAACCGCUGCGCCGCCCGCAUCUUCUCGGGCCUGACCCUGGACGGCACCUUUGCCCAGUACGUGCUCGUGCGCGCCCGCUACGCCCAGUUCCUCCCCGCCUCCCUGGAUGCCGUCCCCGACGAGCACGUCGCCCCCGUCCUGUGCGGCGGAGUGACGGCCUACAAGGCGCUCAAGGUUGGCAACCCGACUGCCGGGUCGUGGGUGGUCGUGUCCGGAGCCGGCGGCGGCGUUGGCGCGUUUGCCGUCGCCUACGCCCGGGCCAUGGGUUGUCGGGUCCUGGGUGUAGACGUCGGCGAGGCCAAGCGCGCCUUCAUCCUUGCACAGGGCGCCGAGGCCUACGUCGACGCGACCGGCGUGGAUCCCCAGGCUGACGUCAAGCGCGCUACCGGCGGGGCUGGUGGGAGCACGGUUAUCGUCGCGGCUGGAUCGUCAGCCGCAUACGACGCCGCCAUGGGCAUGUUGGCCCCGUUUGGCACGCUGGUUUGCGUUGGCAUACCGCCUCCCGGUCCGCCCGCCACAUUUAAUCCGUUCGACAUGAUUAGUUUCGGAUACAAAAUCGUCGGCUCCGUAACGGGAACGAGGACGGAUGUGCUGGAGGCAUUGGACUUUGUCAAGAGGGGCUUGGUUGUUCCCCAAGUGAGAUGGGCUCAGCUUGACGAGAUGCAGAGAAUUAUGCAGGAGGUUGCAAGGAGCGAGGUGAGCGAAUAUGUCUUGUUUUCUUCCACAACUUUUGGCCAAGUCCACAAUCCGCAUUGA